AUGUACUCAUUAUCGUCUGUAUUAAAACGCCUCAUUUUGAUCCAUGUCUUGGCCACACAACUACUUCAUAUAAACAGCGAAUUGUCCUUAAAUACGACCAAUGCGUAUCUCAACCACAAAUGCUUGGUUAGUCAAGGAAAAUACAAGCCGGGAAGUGAGUACGAGAAACUGUUAAAAUUGACCAUCAAAAAUUUCUAUUUCGAGAGUGGCAAUAAAGAAGGUUUCACCCUGUCGGGCUCUACCACUGGUUUUUCGGCUAUCCACAGUGACAAUAAAGAAGGUUUCACCCUGUCAGGCUCUUCUAGUUUUUCCGCUAUCCUCCAGUGCCGCGGUGACUCCUACGGGUCCAAGUGCCGCGACUGCUUUGCCACCGCCGCUGCUGCGCUUAGUAGGAGAUGUCCGUGGUACAAGGGGAAAAUAAUAUGGUAUGAUCAGUGUCUUCUCUCGAUUUCUCCCAAAUAUUCUAUUGGGCAGAUCGAUUACGACAAUAAUUUUUGUAUGUUCAACGCUAAGAAGUUGGGAUGGGAUUUUUUAAUAACCUGGGUUACUUUCAUGGACAAUCUGACGACUUUAGCCACCACUGGAGAUAAUAGGACACUGUACUAUGCGGGGAAGAAGCAAUUGAAGGAUGAUAUGUUGUAUGGAAUGGUGCAGUGUACGAAAGACUUAAACACAAAAGCUUGUGAGGAAUGUUUGAUGUUUAAUAGCGUACAUUUUCAAGAUUGCUUGAAUUUUAGACGAGGAGCGAGAUUUGUGAGUAGGAGCUGUACUUUUAGGUUUGAGUUUUACCCUUUUAUUGCUAAGUCGGUCCAUAUAAUUUAA